UGUGUGUAUGUGGAGGAGGCAGUAGCCGCAGCCCACCUGGCCCGGAGGCUGGUCAGGAGGUAGGAGUCGCAGGAUGGACGCAGCUACUCUGACCUAUGAUACUCUCAGGUUUGAGUAUGAAGACUUCCCUGAGACCAAAGAGCCUGUUUGGAUACUGGGGAGAACAUACAGUGUGUUCACAGAGAAAGAGGAGAUCCUGUUGGAUGUGACAUCUCGGCUUUGGUUCACAUAUAGAAAGAACUUUCCUGCCAUUGGAGGAACAGGCCCCACGUCUGAUACCGGCUGGGGCUGCAUGUUGAGGUGUGGUCAGAUGAUCUUCGCUCAGGCAUUGGUCUGCCGGCACUUAGGCAGAGAUUGGAGGUGGGUGAAAGGGAAGAGGCAGACGGAUAAUUACUUCAACAUACUUAAUGCCUUCAUUGACAAAAAAGACAGCUACUACUCCAUCCACCAGAUAGCCCAGAUGGGAGUUGGAGAGGGCAAAUCGAUAGGCCAGUGGUACGGACCAAACACAGUUGCACAAGUGCUCAAAAAACUUGCCACUUUUGAUACAUGGAGCUCAUUGGCAGUGCACAUAGCCAUGGACAACACUGUAGUGAUGGAAGAAAUCAGACGGUUAUGCAAGUCCAAUUUCUUGUGUGCUGGGGCUGCAGCGUUCCCUGCUGCAGAGUCAGACCUGCUCUAUAAUGGGUUCCCGGAUGGAGCAGAGGUUACAGAUAGGUUGUCGCAAUGGAAACCAUUGGUGCUCCUGAUACCUCUUCGCCUUGGGCUCACGGAUAUCAAUGAAGCUUAUAUUGAAACACUAAAGCACUGCUUCAUGAUGCCUCAGUCCCUGGGAGUGAUUGGAGGGAAACCCAACAGUGCUCAUUACUUCAUUGGCUAUGUAGGUGAGGAGCUAAUUUACUUGGACCCCCACACUACACAACCUGCAAUGGAACCCAGUGACAACGGCUGUAUCCCUGAUGAGAGCUUCCACUGUCAGCACCCCCCCUGCCGAAUGAGCAUUGCUGAACUUGACCCAUCCAUCGCAGUGGGCUUUUUCUGCAACACAGAGGAAGACUUUAAUAACUGGUGCCAGCAAAUCAAAAAGCUGUCCCUGCUAAGAGGAGCUCUGCCAAUGUUUGAACUGGUAGAACAUCAGCCAUCACACUUUUCCAGCCCUGAUGUUCUGAAUCUCACACCAGACUCUUCUGAUGCAGACAGGUUGGAAAGAUUCUUUGACUCGGAGGAUGAAGACUUUGAAAUCUUAUCUCUUUGA